GAGGAUGCCAACAGCUAUGACUCUGAUGAAGGCACUACGCUGGGAGCACUGGAGUUCAGCCUGCUCUAUGACCAGGAGAACAGUUCCCUGCACUGCACCCUCAUCAAGGCCAAAGGCUUAAAACCAAUGGACUCAAACGGCCUGGCGGAUCCCUACGUCAAACUGCACCUCUUGCCUGGAGCCAGCAAGUCAAAUAAGCUGAGGACGAAGACGCUGCGCAACACCCGUAAUCCUGUGUGGAAUGAGACCCUGGUUUACCAUGGCAUCACAGAUGAGGACAUGCAAAGGAAAACCCUCAGGAUCUCCGUGUGUGAUGAAGACAAAUUUGGCCACAAUGAGUUUAUUGGAGAAACGAGAGUUUCCUUGAAAAAACUCAAAGCCAAUCAGAAAAAGAACUUCAACAUCUGCUUGGAGAGAGUAAUACCAAUGAAGCGUGCUGGAACGACCGGCUCGUCCCGUGGGAUGGCAUUGUACGAAGAGGAGGUAGAUCGUGGCGGGGACGUGGAGGAGCGUGGGAAGAUCCUCGUGUCCCUGAUGUACAGCACCCAGCAGGGCGGCUUGAUUGUCGGCAUCGUACGCUGCGUGCAUUUAGCAGCUAUGGAUGCCAACGGAUACUCAGACCCUUUUGUUAAACUUUGGCUGAAACCUGACAUGGGAAAAAAGGCCAAGCACAAGACGCAGAUUAAGAAGAAAACAUUGAAUCCUGAGUUUAACGAGGAGUUCUUCUAUGAUAUAAAACACAGCGAUCUGGCCAAGAAGUCACUGGACAUUUCUGUCUGGGAUUAUGACAUUGGAAAAUCAAAUGAUUACAUCGGCGGCUGUCAGCUUGGCAUUACGGCUAAGGGGGAGCGCUUGAAACACUGGUAUGAAUGUUUGAAGAACAAGGACAAGAAGAUUGAACGCUGGCACACCCUCCAAAACGAGAAUCAUGUUGCCAGUGAUUAA